GCUCUGCGGGCGGAAGCGGCGCGGCGCGGGAGCCGAGGAGGAGGAGGCUCCGGAGGCUGCUCGGGAACCGGGACGCCGGAGUGCCCUCGCCCUGCGCACUCAGCCCGAGCCGUCAUGGCUGAGUACGGGACCCUCCUCCAGGACCUGACCAACAACAUCACCCUCGAAGAUCUGGAGCAGCUCAAGUCGGCCUGCAAGGAGGACAUCCCCAGUGAGAAGAGCGAGGAGAUCACAACAGGCAGUGCCUGGUUUAGCUUCCUGGAGAGCCACAACAAGCUGGACAAAGACAACCUCUCCUACAUUGAGCACAUCUUUGAGAUCUCUCGCCGUCCUGACCUCCUCACUAUGGUGGUUGACUAUAGAACCCGUGUUCUGAAGAUCUCUGAGGAGGAUGAGCUGGACACCAAACUAACCCGUAUCCCCAGUGCCAAGAAGUACAAAGACAUUAUCCGGCAGCCCUCCGAGGAAGAGAUCAUCAAAUUGGCUCCUCCACCGAAGAAAGCCUGAACAAGGGGGAGGAAGAGGAGGAAGGUUGGACCUUCAUAGGACCACUCCCUUCCCCAGCCUCCAUGGGAGGGGCAAGGGCACCCCCCAAAUCUAUCCACUUACUAACCUGGUCCUAACCCCCUUACUGUGUGCGUGUGUGUGUGUACACACGCUCUGGCUGUCUGUCUACAUGUCUAGCUCAUCUAGCUCCUCUUCCUUGUGAGGGGCUGGGGGUCAGAGGCUGGGGUGGGGGAGGCUGUUUCCCUGCUCUAGGGAAACUAUGCAUAUAGAAAUGGGCACAUUCCUCCUCCUUCCCCUUCCUCCACUCUUCCCCCAUCUCUCUCAAGUGAGAGAGAAAGGACCUACAUUUUCCUACACUGAGAAGCCGAGGAGGGAGUGAGACACAGCAGAGGCAGGUUGAUCUAAUGGAAAGCGGUGGGAGGAAAGGUGAAGAGGCUACCCAACCCCCACCUGGGAGGGGCAAGCAAAGCCAGAGUUCAGUGUUUGUACCCCAUGCUGGACUGGCUGUGGAGUCCCACUUCCAGCUACUCCUCAGGCUGAAGGGCCUCGGCACCAGCAGGUCCCUUUUUGCUCCCCUUUUAUGGGCCUAGGGUGGGUGUGAGACAGGAUAUAACGACAAAGGACCAUGGAUCUUUUCCUAGUCCCUAAGUUCUGACCCACAGAGCACCCGGCAUUAAAUAUCCCCACCCACCUCUGCUCUGGAGACUGUGCUGGGAGAAAGCCCCACUGUGGGGCUGAUGGGCAGAGGGGGCCCCUUUUCCACUACUUUAUUCCUACUCAGACUGUUGCACAUACUGACCUGAAUCUUGGGAGGUUGAGGAAUGAGAUCCUUAAAUCUUAACUCCAAUCCUGCCCCCACCUACAGGGUCCCAGAGUGGUUACUGUAGGAAACUUUCCCUGGUCUAGAACACCCCAAGCCUGAAAUAAGGGAUGAUGUUAACUACAGGGUUUUCCUUUGCACUGAUCCCAAUUCAAUCCAGGAAAAGACUUGGUAACCCCUGUCCCUCACUAUCCUGGCACCUUGGGCUUUUGAAUGCCUCCUAGCCAAAUCACUACAAGUACAGUGACCCCAGCCUCCUGCCUGUCCCAAGAUGCCCCUCCCCACCCUGACCGUGCUAACUGUGUGUACAUAUAUAUUCUACAUAUAUGUAUAUUAAACCCACACUGCCAUGUCUGCCCCUUUUUGUGGUGUCUAGCAUUAACUUAUUGUGUAGGCCAGAGCGGGGGUGGAGGGGAACGCCACAAUGAAGGGAGUGGCAGAGACAAAUUGCUACAUAGUCAGAACAAAACUUUUUUUUUUUUUUACUUUAAAUCCACAUGCAAUCUCGAGAGACUAUUUAGAGAAAGUUUAAGUUAGGAGCUUUUAGGAUGUGGGAGCAAAAUUCUAAUGGGAGGGGAGGGCUGGCUGUUGGAAGAGGGAAGAAGCCAGACUGGUCGGAGAGCACCCUGUACUCCUAGCUCAGCCUGCCUGCCUGUCUCCUCUGGCCACUGCUGCGGACACCUGCCUUAACACACACACCUCGAGUACUCCACAGUUUUUGCCUUAAAGGACCUUCCCAAGUUCCCCCAGCCCUGUCUGGCUUUUCCCUCAAGGAGAGAAGGAGAGAGAGUGAGAGAGAGAACUGUAGAAAUGGGAAGGGGAAAUGAGCAUGAAUUGUCUUUCCAGCAAGGGUAUGUUAUAUGAGUAAGAGAGAGAGAGAGAAUGAAUAUGAAUGAGAUGAGUAAGGAGCCUUCCUUUGAAGAGAGAGGAUGAGAUGGGGAGAAGGAAGACAGGGUCAUUUCCAGCAGUCUAGUAAUUUCUCUGUAAGGCAAAAUAAUCUAAAAAGACUAACCUGCCCUCCCGCCCCUGUACUGCUGUGAGACUGCUCCGUCCUGUGCUCCUCUGUGUAGUGUGCACGGCCUUGUUCUAACCCUGGAAUAAAGGUGAU